AGAUUCGCUACGAUCGGUAUUGUUUACAAAAAGUAUUUCGUCAUUUCUUAUCAGUGAGAAGUUAUCGUUGAACAAAACUACCUAAUUACAAUUUUAGAUAGCAACAUGAAUUAUUUAACUUGUUAUUCAAAUACUGUUCGGACGUGGUACCCUACGGUUUCUUCGUUUAAAAAUGAGUGGUUUAGUGACAAAUGGGAGUGUCCUGCUCACAAGAUUCGUGAGCCGCUUCAAUGGAUGUACAAAAAGACUUUCUUCACAUUUUACUUACUUUCCUGAUAAUGGGAAACCAAUUGAAGGUGAAACCACCAAGAUGAAUAUGAUGCAAGCCAUCAACAGUGCUCUGGAGAUCACAUUAAAGACUGAUGACUCGGCUGUGUUGUUCGGGGAAGAUGUUGCCUUUGGUGGAGUCUUCAGAUGUGCUUUAGGAUUGCAGGAUAAAUUUGGCAAAGAGAGAGUGUUCAACACUCCACUUUGUGAGCAGGGCAUUGCAGGCUUUGGCAUAGGCCUGGCCACGGCUGGAGCCACCGCCAUCGCCGAGAUACAGUUUGCAGACUACAUAUUCCCUGCUUUUGAUCAGCUAGUGAAUGAGGCAGCCAAGGCUCGCUACCGCUCAGCCAGCCAGUUCGAGUGUGGAGCCCUGACAGUCCGUGCUCCGUGCGGUGCCGUGGGGCACGGGGGCCUGUACCACUCACAGAGCCCUGAGGCAUUCUUCUCACAUGCACCGGGACUUAAGGUGGUAGUGCCGAGAGGGCCGAUCUCGGCGAAGGGCCUGCUUCUGUCCUGCAUCAGGGAGCGAGACCCCUGCGUCUUCUUGGAGCCCAAGAUCUUGUACAGAUCCGCCACGGAGGAGGUGCCCGAUGUCGACUACACCAUACCGCUGGGGAAGGCACAGGUGUUGAGAGAAGGCGACGCGGCGACGCUGGUGGGGUGGGGCACCCAAGUGCACGUGCUGCUGGAGGUGGCCGAGAUGGCGAGGACCAACCUCGGGCUCGCGUGUGACGUCAUCGACCUGCAGUCCAUACUGCCGUGGGACGAGGAGACCGUUUGUAAUUCGGUGAAGAAGACGGGGCGAGCUCUGAUCGCGCACGAAGCCCCCCUCACCAGCGGCUUCGGCGCUGAACUCGCAGCCACUAUACAGGAGGAGUGUUUCCUUCACCUGGAGGCCCCCGUGGCGCGCGUGGCCGGGUGGGACACCCCCUUCCCGCACGUGUUCGAGCCCUUCUACUUGCCCGACAAGUGGCGAUGCUACCAAGCCUUGGUGGACCUUGUGCGCUAUUGAAACUUAUAAACACGAUAUGCAGAGUUUAAGUUUGGAUGACAAAAUAAAGUUUUCAGCUUUCAGCGUCAUUUUGUUUCUUAGCAUACUGCCUACUGGAGUUUGUUAUCUUUGUAAGAAAACAUGUUCGUUAUAGAAACUUACACUCGACAUAUCGGAGAAGAUCUGUUGUUUGGAAUCUAAUGGUUGUUGUAUUUAUUUGUUCGUAAGUCAUUAAAAUAUAAUUUUGUUGAAGUAUUA